UUAUUAACUGGUGGGAGCAAUCAGAUACGGCUCCGGGAGCAAUCAGAGCAAUCAGAGCUUUCAAAAAAAAUCCCUCGCCUCAAUGUUGCUCUAAACAUUCAUCUCUUUUGCGUAGCAUUCAUUUUUUGACGCGCUUGUUCCCAGCAAACUGUUUAAAAAACGUUUUUUUUUUUUUUUUUGCACUUUUCAGAGACCCUUUAAGGUAUAAUAGCCAUUAUAAUCCACCGAAAUCCAGUCUGAUGUUCCGUGCGGCAAGUGGCCGCUACCCCGCUACCGGAGGCGUUUGUUUACUGUGUGUGGCCCGUAGCACCGUAGUAUUUCCAUAGUACUACCUUAGUUGGUUCAGGUUGAAACAUGGUCCUGCCUUUACUGCUUACAAAACUCAUGAAACUCUCGGAUGCUGUCAGCGGAGCCAUCCUUCGCAUCGGAGAGCUCGCGCGACCACCUCUGCCCUCGCUGUGCGCUGUGCCGGAGAGCGGGGCGGUCCCGGAGCGAGAGGACGGCGUGCUGUGGGCAGUGCAGACCAAGCGGCGCAGCCUGGAGCGGCGCCAGUGGCGACGGAUUGGCCACCCCUUCUUUAACGUGGAGCGCAAGAACAAUAUCCGCACGUGCGAGGUGUGCGGGCACUUCCACCUGCGGCACACCAUAUGUGGUCACUGCUACGAGAAGGUGAAGCUGGAGACUCAGCAGCUGCAGGAGGCCGUGCAGCAGAAGCUUGGGCUGCAGCCCGUGGAGCGAGAGGUGGCGCUGGUGUACCAGGGGGAGCCGAUGCCCCCGAAGCUCGACGCAGUCGCCGUGGAGGUGCCCCGGCCCAGACCGGCCUGGUUCAGCAAGAACCUGCUCUCCAGAGGGCGCACCGCACAGCCGUUGCACGGCAGCGACGUGCCACGUGACGACGACCCGGACUGGAGUCGCCCCUGAAGGCUUAGCUCGACGGGCAACCUCGUGCACCCCAGGCGUGUGGAGCGGGCGAGUGAUGGGCCGUCCUCACGAAACACGACUCUCUUGGACUUCUGUCAGGAAUGGUUUUAUGCUUCGUAGGUGUGCACACUAUGGUGAUUUACGUCUGUUGGGGAGCUUUGCACGUGCUCCUGUGGGGUGCGAAAUCAUUUCCAACAGAAAUCGGAGCUUGGUAGUCGUGUUCCAUGAGUGCAGCUUUUAGGUUAUUCUGUGUGGACAUGAAGUGCCUAGCUGCUUGCUUCGACAAGCCUUUUAGGUGUCGUGCACUUCAACCGAGAGGGGUAAGGAGCAAUAGUUGCUACUGUCUUUGUGGUGCCAUUUAGCCCCCCUUCUUUUGUUCUUCAAUUGGUGUCCUACUAGCCAGAGGCAAGAUCUUGGGUUUUCACUACUUUGGAUAAUGAGCUUUAGGACCAAGGCACCAAGGAUCGGAGGAAGCCCGUUUGUUUUUCACUUGGUGGGAUUUGUUUGGUAGUGAGCCAAAGUCUAAGUGUUCAACACCUUGCUUCCAGGGUAGAUGCUCUGGUAUUGUCCAUACCCGAUCCAUGCACAUUAUUUGGUUGUAGUGCGAUGGUAUCGAUCGAUUUUGCGGACCACCUCCGAUCCAUCUGGGGAUGUCCGACGUCUGUGCAGCCUAGAGCAUAGAUGUGCCCAUGCCUCAUCCCUGCCUUCAGCUGUUUUGUAGUGUGUUCAAAUAAAAGGAAUGUAAUAUUAUAAAUAUA